AUGCCAAGAAAAUCGGUUACCUUACAUAAACUUUUAAAUAAAUGCUUAAUGCAAAAACUGUCACAGGAAUAUUACGAAAAUGAAGUUCACGUUGAAUAUCAAUUACGAAAUAAUACACUGCGGGAAAAUUUUGAAGACUUGGAAAAUACACUUAAAAGCACAAAUUUUAGAGACCGAUCGAAGACGACAUUAACCUCUCUUUGCUAUCUCUUACUAUUGUAUUUAGAGUUAAAAUCUGAAGGCCCUUGGAAUACAGAACAAAUUCAAGAAAUGAAAUAUGCAGUUAAACUAAAUCAAAUAUUCAAGAACAGACACAAUAUCAACCUGGAGGAAAUAUUACAAAGUGAUGCAUUUGACUGUCAAGCUAUAUUUGAUAGGUGCAUUCAAGAGUUGCAUAAAAAGUUGACUGUAAAUGAUUUUAAUAAAUAUCCAGGUCUUAUUGAAGUUUACUGUUCACUAAUAAAUAAUAUUAAGAAUUACAAAAUAACUAUAAAUGUUGUGACAGUCUUGCCCAUAAGUCUGUUACUGAUUGAUGAUUUUAAAACGAACAAUAAAAUUAAAGGAUUGCAAUCUUGUACAGCUGUAUUACAAUGCUUGACUGUUGAGGACUUUUCUGCAGCACUGUUUACAUGCUUCCUGGAGUUUUUAAAAGUGGUACCAUCUGACGUAAAGAAGACUAAAUUGGAUGAGAUAUUUUCAAGUGCUGUUGACCAAUUACUCAUUGAAUCAAACAUAUACAGGAAAAUAGAUUGCCUUAAUUUCAUAACCAAAAUAAUUGAAAUGCAUGGGAUUGACUGUGCAAAGAAGACAAUUUAUAAAGAUGUUAUCUACGAUGCUAUAGACAUGUGCGGCAGUGUAGGGAUCUCUGAAAUAUUACUACCCCAUGUCAUAGAAUGUUUUCAAAUGUGGCUACGGUAUUGCUGGUGCAUAUGGAAGUUAUCUGCCAACCAUAAAAUGCUGGCAUCUCUUUUCAAGAUCCUAUAUUUGUCCAAAAAUGAAGUUACACAAUUGAAAGUUCAGAAUUUGAUAGUAACUCUCAUAAAAUUGUGUACCAAAGAGGAACAGAUAGAUAUUCUUGAAAAUUUAGAUGAUCCACUGAAAUGUUCAAAUAAAGAUUUCUUAAACAGAUCGAAUUGGAAGCAAGUAUCUCAGUUCGUAUAG